UCUGAGAUCAAACCAGCAUCAGCUACGUCUCAUCUGACGGCAGAGGACCAGAGGGGGGGACAGACGGCCGGCCGGGACAGUAUCUGUGACGACGUGACCAUAAUGAAUCCAGUGUACAGCCCUGCGCCAACAGGGGUCCCCUUUACCAAUACUAAGGGUAUAGGGUACCCAGCAGCUGGAUUCCCUGUUGGCUAUGCAGCAGCUGCUCCAGCAUACACUCCCAGUGUCUACGCAGGAGCAAACCCAGCUUUCCCCAGUGGCUACGCUCCAGGCACUCCUUUCAAAAUGUCCUGCUCUCCCAACACGGGGACUGUCCCACCAUACUCCUCCUCACCCAACCCCUACCCUGCUGCUGUUUACCCUGUCAGGAGCUCCUACCCCCAACAGAACCCAUACGCACAGGCAUUAAUACCCUCACAACAACAAGGCACUUACUAUACACAGCCGCUGUAUGCUGCUGCACCGCCUCAUGUUAUUCAUCACACAACCGUGGUCCAGCCGAAUGGGAUGCCUGCAGCCAUGUAUGCCCCGCCAAUCCCUCCGCCCCGCCCCAACGGUGUUGCCAUGGGGAUGGUGGCCGGCACCACCAUGGCCAUGUCUGCUGGAACUUUGUUGACGACUCCAUCACCAGCGCCUGUUGCCCCCCACCCAGUCACGAUGCCCACAUAUCGGCCUCCUGGCACACCCAGCUACAGCUAUGUGCCCCCGCAGUGGUGAAGAGAGGGAAGCGUCAGAAGAUGGUAGAUAUGCAUUCACACUCUACUCCAGUGUUUUUUGCUCUUGGUGAAGACCUGUUCUGCCAGUGUCUGCAACCAGUUACUCUUCUUCCAGCAUAAUGUGAAUCUAAAACACAACUACAUAGAAAGAGGCCCAUUCAGACAGGGGGGAGGUGAAGAAUAGGCUCGUCCCCAUGACCCCCUCUUAACGAAAUAAGACUGCAUCCCACGCCACACCCCAGCGCCAGCACCCCUACAACCUGCCGCAUAUCUCACAUCAAACAGCAAAGCCUCCAUGCAAACUUUUUGUGGACUGUCAUGCAGGUUUUUAUAGUUUAAACUCUUAAGUGGUGAAAAGGGAGUUUGGAAUUGUUUUAUUUUGUUGUUGUUUUUUUUUUUAAUUUGGGAGAAGCAUACGGUGUUGAAUGCAUGUGUAUAUAUAAAUAUAUGAAGUAUUGCUAGCUCAGUCUACCUGCUGUGACAGAUGCAAAAUCAACAAAAGGCACACAUCCAAAGGAACUUAAAAAAGUAAUAAUCUGCAAUGCUGAAUCACCAGUGACCAUGUCUUAUAUGUGAAAGAAAAGACAAGAAACGUUUCUUCAUGCAAAAACAUACCUGCACAAAUCAGUGCAGACUAAACUGUACUAUUUUCACUGCUUUGUGUUUUGGUAAGUGAUGCUAGGUUUUUAUUGUUUCUUUCAGUGAUGCAGUAUAUGCAUUAUGUCUUACCAUUUUUGUAUUUUAGGAGAAAGGUCGAACUUUGAGUUUAUGCCUCUGACUGAUGGCCAUACCUACACUUCAUCACUUCAUGUGUUUUAUUUUUCCUGCCACGCCACUUGUUUUAGGAAAAAAAAAACCCAUCUGAAGCAGCUUUUGUUUCCUGCUUGAAACACUUCUGUGUUAAUUCACUUAUUUUAGCUGCAAAUAUUAGUGGUGGGGAGCAAGCAGAGGAUGUUUUUUUUAUUUUUUAUUAUUUGCACCGUGUGUGUGUGUGUGUGUG